UAGCGAGCGUGAGGAACGGGGGAUUUGGGUUUAACACCCCACCCAUUAGGCCCCCCGCCCCACCUUGGGGGGCGAAAUUACCAGAAAACCAGUUGAUUAAAAACGGUAAAUGAUUACCCGACUCUAUAACGGGUAAUCAUUUACCGAUCGUGUUUAAAACAUAUAAACACGACAGUUUGGGUUUUGAAACCCAUUAUUUCAAAACCCAAAUUUCCCUCCCUCAAUCGCAUCCUCUCUCAAAGCUCGGUUCCACCACUUCAAUCAUCUCAAAGGUCGGUUCUAAUCAUCAUCAAAGCUCCCACAAAGACCCAUUCCAUUACAUUCAAAAGAUAGCGAGAAUGAAGGGCGGGAGGAAGAGGUCACGACAUGCUUCUACUAGUGAGGAUCCAGCGGAUCGACACGAGCGCUUGCAUGCUUCUACCAGGCGCGGCGACCAUAUUGCAGCCACUCAGGCGGUAGAGGCUUCAGCUCCGUCUCCAUCCCCAUCUGCUACUCCGGUCGAGGCUCCGUUAGCUACCCCGGCUCCAUCUGCUACUUCGGUCGGGGCUCCGUCAGCUACCCCCGCUCUGUCUGCUACUAGGGCUCCGGCUGAGCUGGACCCUGCUCCGUUGUCUCCGAUGGCUGAGUUACCUCGUCAGGAGACAUCUUCUUCUGAGCCUAGUGGCGAGGAGUCUUCUUCUUCUUCUGAGCUUAGUGGUGAGGAGGAGGAGCCUCUUAUUCUGCAGGAGGAGAUUGAUGCUGCUGAUGUUAUGCCAGAUGUGGUGCCAGAGGGCGGUGCAGAGGGCGGUGCGGAUGACGACCUCAUCCAGAGGGUGGCACCGUUUCCCGGGGGGCCUGAGGAUCUGUCGCUUCUUGCGCAUUAUCCUGACCACAAGGCUCCUUGGACGUGGCAGGCACUUCUUCGCACAGACCCGCGGUACGUGGACCGUCGGACAUUGAGGGUGGCCACUGUUGGGGGGAAGGUAUGGAACCUCCCCUGUGAUGGCGAUUCAGAGGCCCACACACAUGUACGACAGCUGCUGCAGCAGACGGACGAGUAG